CCCCCUCCCCCCUCACCUGUACGCUGCACCUGCGCAGCCUCGGCGGGAUGAGGGCGCGGAGACGACGUCGCGCCGGGGACAGUCGUCAUCGCUCGCCCCCUCGUCUCCGCUACCCACGACUGCAACAACAACAACGACUGACUGGCUGAGAGUUCUCGAAUCAACCCCGGGGAGUCGCCGAGCAACUUCGCGGGAGAGACCUCGCGAGUGCUGUACCGAGCUCGGGAUCUCAGACGCUCACCCCAGGACCCACCUCUCCGCCGAGACCUCGGGAGUUCCACCGGCGAUGGGCGACCAGGUGGACCUGGCGACCCUCUUCCGCAAGUGCGACGUUCGCGGCACGGGCCGCCUCGAGUACGAGGACUUUAAGCGCCUGUGCAGGGACCUCGGCGUCGAGUCGCACGAGGUGCCCGCGCUCUUCCAGUCUCUCGACAGCGACCGCGACGGCGCCAUCAGCUACGGCGACUUCGAGGACGGCUUCAGGAACGUGUCCGAGGGCUCGGACGAGACCGGCCGCUCGGCGUCGCUCCGGCGGCUAUCGUCCGUGUCCUACUCCAACUUCUCCACGACCUCCUCCACGUCCCCCUUCGCCUCGUCCCCUGCGGGGCGACUCGCGUCCCUGCCGCCGGUCGCCGCAUCGUCUCCCGUCAAGUCGCCGCUGCGUCGCAAGCGGUCGUGGCGGGAUUUCGAGGAUCAGUGCGGAGAGAAUGUACGCUACCUGCCCAACUCGUGGGUCCACGCCUCGGAGCUGCACUCGCAGCUCUCCCAGGUGGGGGAUGAGAACCUGCAGCUGCUGUACGAGGGCGUCCUCUCCAACUUCCUCAGCGACAUUAAGCGACGCGUCACCGACAACGAGGAUGUGAACUACCAGCUCAAGCGGAUACAGGAGCAGAGCGCAUUCCACCAGAACGAGAUGGAGGCGGAGAUGGAGGAGCGCGUGGCCACCACGGAGACGCGUGUGCGCAACGAGGAGAAGGCGAGGGCGGAGGCGCUGAUCGCCGAGAUGCGGAGGAGGCACGACGACGAGGUGACGGAGCUGCAGGCGGCACUCGAGAGGGUCAACGAGAUACAGUCGGAUAAGAAGGCGGUGAACAAACACGAUGAGAUAAUCGAGCUGAAGAUGAAGAUCAACGAGAUGACGAUGGAGAACCAGCAGAUGAAGAGGAACCUCUUGGAGGCGCAGACGAACCUGACGGUGCUGCAGAGCGAGCUGGACACCGUGAAGACCGAGUCCACCUCCCAGCGGCUCAACCUGGAGAGGGAGCAGGCUCUGAUCCGGCAGCACGAGGAGGAGAGGCAGGAGUUCACACGGCAAAUCGAUAUGCUCAGGUCGGCGCACCGCAAGAUGAACGACAGCAACGACGGUCUCCGGGCGGUGCUGGAGAACUCGAUGAGCCAAGCUCGCGCCAACGGAAGUCCCAGAUCUCAGAGCCCAUCGCCGGUGCCUGGCGCGCGCCACAGUUCGCCGCGGGUGACUCGGAAAGUCACAGGGACCCCGGUUCGACUCCCGGUGCCGAGUAGGCACCCCCAGCAGCACUCCUCUUCUCACUACAGCGGCGACGAGGACGACUUCUCGGCGUCGUCUCUCUCCGACUCGGCGUUGGAGGAGGAGGGCGGCCCCAGCUGCGUUGACAGCGGCCUCUCCACCAUGCGGGAGUCAGGCGAGGCCCCAUGGGGGGCGGCCCGCAGGCCGAGGGGCCAGGCGGCCGCCCUGCACCGCAACGGCUUCCGCGGGUCCGUGAGCUCCGAAGCGUCGGCCGUGGAUGUGCCGGACAUGGAGGACGAGGAGUCUGAGCGCAUGCUGCGAGGCGUGCGCGACGCACGCCCGCUCAGCCGCACCCCCUCCAACGCCUCCUCGCGCCGCACCAUCCGCGCCUUCGGCAAGGACAAGGACGCGCUGAGCGGUAGCGGUGGAUCGGGCCGCGUGGGCCGCGUCUACAAGAUUGUGCUGGCCGGAGACGCCUCCGUGGGGAAGUCGAGCUUCCUCAUGCGGCUCUGCAAGAACGAGUUUGACGGCAACACCUGCUCCACGCUCGGAGUCGACUUCCAGAUGAAGUCUCUGGUCGUGGACGGGGAGGAGACAACGCUGCAGCUGUGGGACACGGCCGGCCAGGAGCGGUUCCGCAGUAUCGCCAAGUCGUACUUCCGGCGUGCGCACGGCGUGCUGCUGCUCUACGACGUCACCUGCCACGAGAGCUUCAAGAACGUGCGCGAGUGGGUGGACAAUGUGCAGGACGCCGUGGAGAGGAGCGUGCCCAUCAUGAUCGUGGGCAACAAGACGGACCUGAGGCCGCACGACGGGGCCCCUAACCGCUCCUACGUCUCCACGAGCCAGGGGGAGAUGCUCGCCAUGUCGUACAGAUCGUUGUUUUGCGAGACGAGUGCCAAGGACGGCGAUAACGUGGUGGAGGCCGUGCUCCACCUGGCCAGGGACGUGCGUCGGUUUGCGGGCAAAGAUCCGGACCAGAGUGUGACGGACUUGACGCAGCAGGGAAACAAGGAGAAGUCCAAGUGCUGUGAUUUCUAGCCGCUCUCACCUCCGCUCGCUUCUGCUCACCUCCGCUCACGUGGGAUGGAGAGCAAGCCUGGCUGUGAUUCACCAACCCACGGGGACUCGGCAGCAGCAGCAGCAGCAACAACAUCAUCAUCAUUAGUGUCAGCAGCAUCAUCAGUUUGAUCAUCCUGAAUCAUCAUCUGGCCACGUGCCAAUCUGGACGCGGAGCAGCUCGACUCGCGAUCAGAAUGAUGCGGGUUCGAGACCUGGCGGGGUUCCACCCAGCCCAUCAUCAUCAUUGACCCCGCGGGGGUCAGUAAAAUGAGCAUAGAGUCACUUCUUCAUAAGUGAACAACGGUUUAUGCUCUUUGAAUGUAUCGGUUCCUAAAAUAAGAAUGUGGAAUGUCCACACACCCAACCGGCUUGGGUCCGCCAAUUGCGAUGUGCACCGUCCUCUCUCCGCUCGUUCUGGGCAAGAGGGCGGCACCGUCUAACAUUUAAUUAUUCUUGUUGUUGUUGUUGGUAUUAUUGUUGUUGUCAUUGUGUUCCGUUUUAGAUCGCGAUGCAAGCGGCACUUGAUUCAGCACGUGGGUUCUAGUUGGUAUGUACUGGACUCUCUAAGUGGCAUGGUGACCGCUCUGUGUGUGUCUGUCCGGGUCAGUUACCCGGAUUGAUAUUCCAGUGCCCCGGCACACCACAUCCAGGAGUGUACCUCUCGUUCCGCUUAUGGCUACCACGAGCCACGCGCCGCCGACUCGACGCAGCCCAGCCUAUUGUGUGUGUUGCAUUGUGGGUAUUGUGGAAUGCACCGCGUCACUCUGCACGGUCCGCACUGAAAGCGCACGGAGCUGCGAGUUUAGCCAAAAUCGAUCAAAUCGAUCUUAGAGGUUCCCCACCCCUCCCCCACGCCCCACCACCCAACCCCUAUCCCCCUCCUCCAUCCCGGGUCGUCAGCUGGUAGGGAUGUAACGAUUAAUCACUUUAUAACCGAAAGUAGAUUCAUAUGCUGACGGUAGCGUAUGAAUCGGUUAUAAUCGAUUCAUACUGAGUUUCACGGAAACCAUUUGCGUGCCGCUAUGGAUUCCAUACGCGGUGCUGCACGGGCAAAACAAUAAUCGAUUCAUUAAUCGAAUCGUGAACGUGAAAUCAUUUGCCAAGCGUCAAAUCCCUGCGGCACGUCUCUCGGUUUGAGCACUUUAAUGAGCAAUGAGUCAACGAGUUAAACGGGAAUUCCCGUGAGGUCACUGGGGCUGGUUCGACUGCCACCCGCGGGUCCCGUCCGCUGCAGCUGCACCGACGUUCGCCCUGCAGCGGGACCGGUGUCUGCUCCCUGCGCAGAGCCCUAAUCCCUGGCUCACCCUGCGUUAGGGAUUACAAUAGUUUUGUUUUGUUUUGCACGCUGCGGUUUGCUGGAGCCUGUGGAUAGAGAGAGACGCCUCGUGGUGCCGUUGAUCAUUCGCCCCGGUUUGUUGUGCACGCGACCGAAGCAUUCUGCCGCCGUGGCGCAAUGGCGAGCCCACUGGACUCGCGAUCCACAGGUCACCCGCUCCGUCUCCCUGGCGCGGCAGUGCGGUGGUGUGCAGUGUGGGUACUCGCACCGCUAUCCAAGGCGGUCUCGCAAGCGUGGAGGAGCAGGGCCACAACACGCUCCGGGGUUGGUUGCUCGAGUGGGGGGGGCAUGCACCGGCAGUGGCGCGAGCGAUGCGUCAAGUGCAGGGCCGGCUGCCCCUUUACCUUCAUACGAAUACGAUGAACAGUAGCACAAGGACCACCCCCCCCCCCCCCCCGUCACUCGGUGAUCCGCCAACCUCACGUGGCUGUAGAUAUUUGUUUUAUUUGCCCUCCCCCACGUUGGAGAGAGCGGAGUUGCUGCUGGUAACCCAGCCGUGAGGACUCCGCGGGGACACGGGCACGAGGUUUUAAACAAAGUGAGACCGUGCUUCCGUCGUGCUCACUUGUUUUUAAACAAUGACACUUGUUUACAGAUGCGUUCACGUGAACUUUGUAUAGUCUAGCGCCGUGGGGGGGGGGGGGGUAUUGUUAUUUUUAAAACGAAUACCACUUUGUGGAACGUCAUGACCGCCAGUGGUUUAACUUUGGUUAGACUGGCCCCUGUCAUGCGAAUGUGUAAUUUCCACCACCGCUGGGUCGACUUCGCCACGUGGAAAAUGAGCGGCUCGUGUGCGUGUUGGG